GUGGAACAGGAAGUUGUGGCAUUGUGUAGACGACUGAAGCAAACUGUACCUUCAGUGGAACUUUGUCAUCUUCUGCUGUUCACUACCGUGUCUGGAAAAAGCUUUUACUCAUUGCGGUUGUCCAUCACAUGCAGCUCAAAAAAAAAAAAAAAAUCCCACAAGACCUAGCCUAGCAUCUUCCUGUAAACAUGUGAGAGAAAUGUUUUAUCUCUCCUCCCCUUUCUCCCUCUCAAUUCAUCUCCUCUCCAUCCACUCAGCGCGAAGUGCAGCGGCCGAACCUGCUCUCACAGGGUCACUUUUGAUCAUCUCCGGGCAGGAAGCGAUACUGAAGUGCAUGACACCCCCUUCAUGUCUGAGAUACUCUUUUCUCAGAGGUCACGCGGGACUGCAGCUGGACUUGAGGAGGUUCUGGGGCUGAGCUUGUAAAGUUACACCGCUGGGAUUGGGUGGACACUGGUGGAAUUGGAGGACAACAUUUUAUCAUUUCUUGUGUUGAUUUGCAGGCUGUCAUCUGAUGUAGCUCCAUUGUUUACGCAUUUUGACAUCAACCAUGAACACGGCUCAAGAAAGGGACUUCCAAGAGUGGUAACACUGUGAAAAAAAGGAGUAGUACUGAAAAACUUAUCAUGAUGAACUCAACAUUCAAUGCAAGCAACUCAACAUGUGUGGUCAUGAACCCGUCGGCAGGUCACCUGCUGAUGUCUAUCUACAUCAUCGCCUUCGUCCUGGGACUGCUGUUCAGCCUGGUCACCAUUGGCCCCAUAAUUCAGCAGAUCUGCAGAAAGAACAUUCUAGGGAUCUACCUUCUCAGCCUGUCUGUCUCGGAUCUCCUGUACAUCCUUACCAUGCCUCUGUGGAUCUAUUAUUUAAGCAACAACCACAAAUGGACCCUUGGCCAGGGACUCUGUAGUAUGGCUGGCUUCUUUUAUUACUCCAACCAGUACAUCAGCAUCUUUAUCCUCUGCUGCAUCUCCAUCGAUCGCUGCCUGGCCAUCACCUUCCCUCUGAGAGUCCAAGCCUUCCGGCGCCAGCGCUAUGCCUGGAUCAUCAGUGGGCUGGUCUACGUUUCUGUCAUGGCCUUGCACUGUUUGGUGCUGUACCUGGACAAGCUGGAAGAUCCCCUGGAUGACAACGACCAGAGCUGUUACGAGACCUUCCCCAUGACAGAACGCAUUGCGAUGUUCAACCUGAUACGGGUCGGAGUUGGCUUCUUCAUACCGCUGGUGAUCAUCACUAUCUGCUACCGUUUGAUCUCAAACAAGGUGCAGCAAAGUACAGGGGUGGACAUGCAAGGCAAGCGCAAAGUGAGGCUUUUGUCAAUUGGAGUCAUUGGCAUUUUCUCUUUCUGCUUUGCACCGUACCACAUCCUCCUGAUGAUAAGAUCCAUAAUUUUCUUUUCUGUUGGAGAACAACAAAGCUGCGUCUUUGAACAAGCAAUGUAUUUACCCUUCACUUGCUCACUCGGGCUAUCCAGCCUGAACAGCAUGGUGGACCCAGUGCUUUAUGUUUUGGCGAGUAAUGGAGCUAGGGAGGACAUGAGGUUGUUCUGUUGGAAAAACAAGCAGAGACAGAUGAGAGGAAGCCCUCUUGUUGGUUCCAAGUGGAAGACAAGAGUAACAAACUUGAGUUAAAAUCAACCUCAAAGUAGAUUUGUGCCUGACAGAGCACUGUGUAUUUGUAAUGUGGGUGUAUUUGGGUGUAUUUGCACCCAUUCAAGAGUAGUGCAAAUCAGUACCCAGAACAAAAUCGCCCAAACCGCUUGUGCUGACAGCACAGGCACAAAUUUGAGGAUGGGUUCUGAAUGUUAAGAUGUGGAGGGAGCAGCAUAGCUGCCGUACUUUUCUGGAACUCCACCACUGACAUCCAGACAGCUGAAUCAAAUGUGUUUGACCAAUGUGCUUGUCUGGAUUACAAUGAUUUAUCAUUUAUCAUUCGAUGAAUAAUUGCCACCAUGACUGUAAAACCUGCUUUCUGCAAGGCAGCUUUUGGUAAAAAGCACCAAGUUGUGUGAGCAAAGCUCAUCUGAAAUAAGCCUAAUUUGCAUAGAAAUCAAUGACAUGUACUGACAAUACUGAUGCUGCAGCAUUUUUUUGUGCAUUUAGCAUCUGGUUAAACUGGAUUGUGGUGUCUUAUUGAAUAAUAACAUUGUGUUUUGUGCUGAAAUACUGUGCAAAAAUGACUGUUUAGGGAAUUAGCCACUUUAUGCAAGUGUUGUAACCAGGGACCAGUUUCAUAAAGACAGUCACUAAGUCAGACUAGCAGUUAGCCAAAAGGGUAAUUUUUGGGGUUCAAAUUAGACCAGUCUACCUGUUUAAGUAACUUACUGAGAAAUGUUAUGACCAGUCUUUAAAAAAAAUGAUAGGGCUAACUCUUGAUCUCAAGUCCAAGAUCAUAUUUUCAUGGUUUUGGUCUUGGUACUCGAUUCAGAGUUUAUUUUCAUGGUUUUGGUCUUAGUCCUUGAGUCCAAGUCCAAGAUCAUAUUUUCAUGGUUUUUGCCUUGGUCCUUGAUUCAGAGUUUAUGUACAUUUUUUUAUAGUUUUGGUUUUAGUCCUUGAGUCUGAGUCCAAGACUAAAUUUUCAUGGUUUUGGUCCUCCAUUCAGAGUUUAUGAACAUAUUUUCAUGAUUUCCCAGACAGCAACAUAGUGUGGCCCAGAUCCGGCACACAUCUGGUACAUGUGGAUUACACAAGGACCAGAUGUGGGCCAGAUCUGGGCCGACACUAUGUUGGUGUCAGGAUUUGGUCUUAGUCCUCCAGUCUGAGUCCAAGACAAAAUUUUCAAGGUCUUUUCUAAACUUUCAUGGAUCAUUUGGACUCUCUCUUGACUUGAACUCAACUCUCUUCUGGUCACUGUCCUGACUCAGACUCAAAUAAACAUCUGCAGACAGGAAUGUUGUUGUCAAGACCAGUUAAUUUAUUUAUUUAUUUUUUUUAAACUCAGAAUCCAUUUAAUCUAUUUGUGUGAAAAGAGAAAAGGAAUAAUUACUUUGCUGUUUUAUCUGAGAUAGGGCGUAUGUCUGUGUCUUUACGAACACCAAGAGGAUGUUUACAAAUUAUGGAUUUGCAGUGGAACAGGACCUGGAUCUCUGUCUUUGAAGGACCCUUGAAUCACUUGAACUUUCUAUGUAAGAGCCGUACUCAGCCCAAGUGUUUUUAUUGUGGGAUAAAGCCUCGCUUGUUAGUCCUGUUUAAUUCACAGACAACUCCCUGUAACGUACCGUUAAACCAGAUUUAGCCGUUAAAGAUUUAAUCUGGAUGUUAAAAAACAACCUGUUGCAAUGUAAGCAAUUUCAGUGCUCAGCAUGUUGCUAUUCUCUCUUCUUAAUAUAUUACACUCAACAAAGGCACAUUUUCAUUCCUGUAAUUUACCAAUGACGCAAAGAAACUAAAUUAUGAAAUAAAAGAAUUGCUCUGAUUCUGACUCUCACGACA